AUGUCCACCACAGCGCUCGACAAGUUCGAUCGGAGUAAGAGCAACGCUCCCUACGAUCCCGGCGAAAUCCGCAUUUGGUACGACAAUCGCACCUACGCCUCCCACGAAGACCAACUCCCUCGCUAUCAACGCACCUAUCUCGCCGGAUUGGCCCGGAUGGGUUGGACUUCCCUUCAAGGCGUCAAGGAUCUCGAGCCUGGAAAGUUGCGAUUGAUAUGGUAUACUCACACCGGCUCCCCCGGCUCCCGAGACUUUCCCCUCCACAAAUCCCUCGCCGUCAAGGAAAUGUUCGAUUCCCUCUCCGAUUCGGGUUUCCGACCCUGUCUGCUGGGAUGGAGUGGUGAGAAUCCCUUUCCCAUGCUCGGCGGCGUCCUUCCCGAGCCACCGAAGAAGCCCAAGGAGCCCAAAGUCGCCAAGACGUGGAGUAAUGCCGUCGCUGGUCAUUCCGCCGCUGGGGGUGAGACGCCGCAUGAUCGUGUCAUGGCCAUUAUUCGUCAUGAUGAGGAGCGCGAGGCCAAGUUGAGGGAGUUGCAGGUGCGGGAGUGGGGGGAGAAGGGGAUGGGGGAGAAGGAUAGUUUGGUGUGA